AUAAUGGAAUAUUGCUACAUAAAUGUGGGAAGUUGACGAUGGAGAAGCUGAAAUCAUCAUUUCAGUUUUAAAUUUUGCCAAAUAAAAUUUUCCAGAGAAUUGUGAAACCAACUUCUUCUCCGGCUGCCCCCUCCCCUCUUUCCAAGUGUAUGUUGUUAUUUUUAUUUUUUUUUACAGAAUACUUCUGAAAUUCUCGGGAUUCGUAUUGUAUUACAAGUUUGACAGAAAUAAACAUUAUAAUACGACAGUGACCCUCCCUUUUCAUCAAACCCUACAGUUUGACGAGAUUCUCUGCAACAUUUUACGAUAUUCAAUGUAUUGCUUCAGUUUGACAUAUUAUGACCGUUUCCAAUUCCCCCUUGCAGGGUAUUGGGUAUACCAGGGUAUUAAAAGUAAAUGAAGAAACUUGAAAUAAUUCCUAGAAACAUCUUUUUAUACACAGUUUCGUAUUUCUUUCAUCAGAAACUAGACCCAGAAUCUGACGAUGAAGACGAAGUUGAAAGUCAGAGGGUUGAGGUACCAGGUAAAGAAAUAAAGCCAAAAAACAUGCAGGAUAAAAACAAGGAAGAACAAAAGGAGGACAAUAACGAUAGAGCACCCCCCGCAAAGAACACCAGGUCAUACACGAAAGGCGCUUUUAAGAGAGUCUUCGAGAAGACGGCUUCUUAUUGGUCGGAUGGAAAAAUCCCCUACACCAUUGACGCCUCCACUUACGCCGGAAGUGUUGAACUUUCAUUACUGAAGGACUUGCUAGCAAAUUCAAUAAAGCAGAUUGAAGAAAAUUCGUGCGUAAAAUGGAUAGAGAGAACGAACGAGGAGAAUUACGUCAAAUUCAUUAACGACAAAGGGUGUUACUCGUAUGUUGGGAAGAUUGGAGGUGCUCAACCAAUUUCUAUCCAGGCUUAUGGAUGUACCACGGUGCAUACAGUUUUACACGAGAUGUUGCACGCCAUGGGUGGGCAACACGAGCAGUCCCGCAGCGAUAGGGCCGGGAAGACAUCUAUAAACUGGGACAAAAUUGAUUCUUCAGCAUUGAACAAUUUUGCAGCUGAAAAUACCAUGAAUGCGCAGCCUUACGAUUACAAAUCACUGUUGCAGUACGAACUUAGCUCAUUCGGGAAGAGCGGUAACUCGAUGGCCAUCCCCGACUCAAGCUUUGAAUAUCUCAUCACCAACACAAAAAAGAAACUAAGUCUAUACGACAUUGGUGAAAUCAACAACGCCUACAAGUGCACUGCCGAUUGUACCAACAAAUGUCAAAAUGGAGGAGUGGUCAUUAAAGGAUAUGGAAACUGUGGAUGUAAAUGUCCGUCAGGGUUAAAGGGCGACGACUGUUCCCAGCUGGAUACCAGUGACGGCUGUGGUGGCUUUAUAACACUUACCAGUGGCGAGCAGAAGACAAUCAGUAUGGAUUCCUACAAAGGCGGUCUCCUCUGUACGUGGGUGGUCAAGGGACCUGUCGACACUCGUAUCAAGGCUACCAUUGAAUCCAUGGACCUGCCAUACAACACAGAAGACGACUGUUAUCAUUGGAUAGAAUUUAGGGAUUAUCUCAUUGGCGACAGAGGCAAAGAGAGAUGCGGUACACAAGGAGGGUCUAGUUUCACCAAAGUGAUGAAUGGAGACCCCUCAAGGAUGAUGGUGCGCUUUAAUAGCGCUAAAUACAAGGACGAAACUCCCGGAAAGGGCUUUUCUGUCCAGGUGGAAUCACUGGAAUCAGCCAGUGCCACAACUAUCUGUGAUUUCCAAACGGACUUCAAGGGUUGCGUCUUCCAGCUUGACAAAAAGAAUUCUCAAUUUGAUUUAACUUUGGCCAGCACUGGCAAUCAGAAUUACCCUGGGGCUGGGAAUGAGAACGGCUACCAGUUCCUGACCAUGGCGAAUUAUAAAUCUUCCAUGCAAUACAGAAAAGCGUACUUAGUGACAUCUGCCAGCUUUGAAGAAUCGGAGCGUUGUUUGAGCUUCAAGUAUCUGUACACAAAUCAAUUUUAUAACGACUACGAGGACGCUAAGUUCAUUUUUCAAUACGAGGGUUCUGAUGGAGAGAAGAAAACUCUAUACACCGUGGGUACCACUGACGUCAAAAUCGGUUCUUGGCAAACAGUGUCGAGCACAAUACCAGCCACAAACGGAUUAAAAAUAACGAUUGAAGCGGUAGAGGGAUACCAAGACUUAGCACUGGACGACAUUGCAUUAAAGCCAGGCGCAUGUGCGUGAAAAGCAAGACGGUAAACCACACACAAUGACAGCACGAGGAACCCUCAAAGUCCGUCAAUCUCACAAUUCGCCUCUGUAGUUUGUAUUAUUGCAGUAGA